CUUAUAUCAUGGCUUCUCUCUGACUCGUCAGGAUCCAAUUGCAUCAGACGUGAACAGACAGAGAGAUCCUCUUCGUUUGAUGCUCUUCAUCUUCUUACUCCAGAGUUCUCUGUAGUGGGUUUUGAGCUUUCUUCUCAAGUCGAUAUUAAAACAUGGUUAAUCAAGAACCCAUUACAGCGAUUCUUCAAGAUGAAACGAGAAGAAGCACAAAGUUCGGUUUAGAGAUGAAAAGACAGAACAGGAGAGCAUUGUCUGUAAUUAACCAGAACCUUGUUAAUCCUUGCGUUGUUAACAAGAGAAGAGGCUUGUCUGAAUCUCAAGAAGAGACAAAGAAACUGAAACCAUCGGUUCCAAGUGGGAACGCGUUUGGUGAUUGUAUAUUCAUCGAUGAAGACGAAGAGGAAGAGGAAGCAGCUACAUUGGACCAACCUAUGCCAAUGUCAUUAGAGGAACCUUACAUAGAAUCUGAUCCAAUGGAGGAAGAAGUUGAGAUGGAGGAGGAGGAACAAGAACCUGUUUUGGAUAUUGAUGUAGACGACGCACACAACCCUCUUGCAGUCGUUGAAUAUGUCCAAGAUCUACACGAGUUCUACAGAAAAAACGAGAGGUUUAGUUGUGUUCCUCAAGAUUACAUGGAGCAACAGUUUGACAUAACAGACAAAAUGAGAGCUAUACUUAUAGAUUGGCUCAUCGAGGUACAUGACAAAUUCGAGCUAAUGAACGAGACAUUGUAUCUAACAGUGAACCUUAUAGAUAGAUUUUUAUCCAAGCAAGCUGUUGUAAGAAAGAAGCUUCAGCUUGUUGGUUUAGUUGCCUUGCUAUUAGCUUGCAAGUACGAAGAGGUUUCUGUACCUAUUGUUGAAGAUUUAGUUGUCAUCUCUGACAAAGCCUAUACCAGAAACGAUGUUUUAGAAAUGGAGAAGAUUAUGCUUAAUACUUUACAAUUCAACAUGUCGCUACCGACACAAUACCCUUUCUUGAAGAGGUUCCUCAAGGCAGCUCAAGCAGACAAGAAGCUUGAGAUCUUGGCAUCGUUCUUGAUGGAGCUGGCUCUCGUGGACUACGAAAUGCUUCGUUAUCCACCAUCGUUACUAGCAGCCAGUGCAGUGUACACAGCUCAAUGUACAAUCCAUGGCUUCAGCGAAUGGAACAGCACUUGUGAAUUCCACAGUCACUACUCUGAGAGCCAACUCAGAGAAUGUAGUAGAAAAAUGGUGAGUCUGCAUCAGAAGGCAGCGACUGAUAAACUAACAGGAGUGCGUAGAAAAUACAGCUCGUCUAAGUUCGGAUACAUAGCAACAAAGUAUGAAGCUGCUGCUGCACACUUUCUUCUUGUGUCAGAUUCUCCAAAGCUAUAG